AUGUCAGAGGCGUGCGAAGUUUGCAGGUCCCCAGCCGUAGUUCAAUUUUUGGUCGCCGUCGCGAAGGGUAUAAAUGAACGCACCAUAGCGCCUCCGUCAGUGCUGCUUGGAUCGUGGGACGAGCUGCAAGAGCGGCGGCGAAAUUGUGCCUUGUGUGAAGCUGUCAUUUCAGUUUCACAAAGAAUAUUCACGGACGAGCAACUGCGCGGUGACGAUGACACCAUGGUCAAGAGCGCGACUUGUCGAUUGUCUUGGAAUCCACACAGAUAUAGAGAGGGGGGCAAAUCUGGCUAUUCGAGAGUUGAAAUCAUGAUGGAUGUGAAUAGCGGUCCGCCAACAGGUCCUGUGAGAAGUAGACAUCAUUGCAGUGUGGCCAACGCUUUCCAAAUUUAUAUGGCGAAACGAGAGCCGAACCAAAGACCAGGAGAGCGAUCAACGACGUCUUUACAGCCUCGAAUUAGGAAGGAUACUUAUGAUCCCAACUUGGUCAAUGACUGGCUUGGCAUGUGUGAGCAGAAGCACGGCGAUUUAUGCAUUGCUCAGUCUGUAAGAGCAAUAUCGAAAUUAAGGCUGGUAGACGUCAAGAAUAUGUCUGUGGUGCAAUUUUCGCAUGUGAUACCUCCCUACGUCUCAUUGAGUUGGGUUUGGGGAAAGGUUAAGGCUGAAGACGGACUGACAGAUUUCAACUCUUCUGAAGCUUCCACAAGAGGCUUUCUAAAUCAAGUAGAGCUACCUACAGCCGUUGGUGACGCGAUCAUGUUACUUAUCAGCCUGGGCGAGCGCUAUCUUUGGGUGGAUUUUCUCUGCAUUAUUCAAGACAACGCAAACGAUAAGCAGACAUAUAUACCGCAGAUGGGUGCCAUUUACUCACUCGCACGUUUCACCCUUAUAGCAGAUGGUGAUCUAGGGGCGCAAGGAGGUCUACCAGGUGUUCGACCGGGUACGAGAACGGUUACAGGGAUGAAGAAGCAACAUUUCAUAGAUAUUGACGGUCUCCUGGUAGUGUCCUGUUUGGAACCCGAGAUAAGGGGAUUCCGUAGAUCAGAAAAUCGGCCUCCAUGGGGAACGAGGGCAUGGACUCUUCAAGAAAAACUUUUGUCACCACGCUGUCUCAUAUUCAACUCGGAUCAAAUACACUGGGAAUGCCUCCAGGCCUCUUACUGUGAGGAGACCGCAUUCGAGCACCUUACACAUGGCUGUGAGGAGAGUGCAUACGAGGGUCUUAGGCACAGCUUAUAUUCGGGACCCUCUUCGAUACGAUCUGUCCAUUCUUGGAUGCAGGAGUCAAUAACGGAGAAAGAAAAGAUUCACCAGAACUUCCAUAGGCAAUAUACGUAUCUUGCAAGUGAGUACAAUAGCAGGCGUCUUUCUCUCGAUUCGGAUAUCAUGAACGCCUUCAAGGGCGUACUCGAAACGAUCAGUGAUAAAAGCGGCAUCCGUUUCUUUUGGGGCCUUCCAUGUUCUCUAUUCGAACAAAACUUGUUGUGGUCCACAUAUGAUCGUGGUGAAGAGAGGCGAAAAGUUGAGGGUAUCCCCACUUGGUCAUGGCUGACUCUUAAGAGCGCAACGGUGGUGAAUGCUUUGGAAGAUCCUUAUCCCGGUGCCGCGAUCCGCUGCUUCAAACGAGCUGAUUGCCCUCCUGGGACUGCACAGGAUAGUUUCCAGUUGCACCAGAUCUCACAAGAACGUGACUACCCGCAAUCUCUGUCGCUUCUGAGCCCAGGCCAGUCGCAUGCAAAAAUGAUACAGGCUGAAGAGAUAUCUUCAGUUACCAGGGCACGAAUACAGCCAUCGUAUCAUAUCAUAUUUUGGGCUGAGACUCUUGACGUGCUCUGGUCUGCUGAUAAUCAGGAGAGCUAUUCAUGCAGUGGCUCUCUCUUGGCGAAUCCACAGGAUGCAGAUGCUAUCAGGGCUCACGGAUUGAAGAUCGAUGAAAGUGAUCCCAAGGCUCCUGCUUCUGCUAGAAUACUCUAUGAGCGGACUGUAUUCGACCCACGAGGUGACUUCUGCUCAAUCGGAUUUGCUACUAUACACGAAGCAUGCCGUGAGAAGAAACAGAAAAUUCCUUGUACAUUGAUCAAAGUACUUACUGAAAACGCCCGGCGUAAUCGUCAUACACCCCAACACACUCGGGCUUUGCUCAUCACUGAGGAGCGUGGCAUUGCGGUCCACACCGGAAAUGCUCGAAUCGGCCAUGAGCUAUACAGCUGCAUUCCUUGGAGACAGAGAUUGAUAGUCCUAGGAUGA